AUGACGAGUGAUUCCGUUGGAGCUGAUCAAUGUAUUAUCACCCAUGAGAGCGACAAAUACAUUGUCCGAACACAUCGACCAGGUGAUGUGGGGUAUGUCGUUUACAGGCAUGCAGCUGUUUAUACUGAGGACUUUGGUAUUAACACUCGAUUCGAAUCAUUGACGGCUCGAAUUGGAGCCGACUUUCUUGACAACUUUGAUGCUUCCAAGGAGCGGCUUUGGAUUGCCGAAAAAGACGGCAAGUUUUUAGGCUGCAUCAUGGUUGUCAAUUCUACCAAGUUUGAAGAUACGGCUCAAGUACGUCUUCUGUUGGUGGAAAAAGAAGCUAGAGGAUUGGGCCUCGGCAAGCUACUUGCUAAAGCGGCUGUCGACUUUGCCAAAGAUUCUGGAUAUAAAGCCGUUGUUCUCUGGACACAACGUGGGCUUGUCAGCGCACGAGAUAUCUACCAAAAGCUGGGUUUUGAGAUGACAGACUCGCAGCCACACGACAUGUUCGGCCUAGAAUGGGUUGGGGAGAAUUGGAGGUUAGAGUUUCACGAGAAGUAA